CCUGGAAACCGAUGUCUCUGCCGAGCCUGUUACCGAACUGUCCCUGGUCCUGCCAGUCAUGUCAGAGCUUAUCAACAAUAUUUUACUAAUGUGUGGUGAACCCGGUGAAAAGCUCAUGCAAUAUCUAGCUCGAGGAGCGAUGCGAUACCACCGCGAGACCACGCCUCUCUCUCGCAACCUCCAGCAGCACAUGUAUUGCUGUCCCCGUUGUCCUAUUUCUCCUACUACCCAUCUGAGCCAUUGGGGUAUGUUGUGGUCCUCCGCCGCAUCAGCGAGGCGCCUUGCCAUCUCUGACUCGAUCACCUUUCCAACCGUUCUCAAUAGGGAGAUCGGCCUUCAAGCCUUCGGCUGCUCUACUUCCGUCUUCUUCUUAUCUGGCUUGCGGAGGACGGCUACCUGCGCGUCACGGAAGCAUGGGGAGAAUGUCGAGAGCGCCAGGCUAGCACUCGUUAUCCUCGUCGGCGCAUUAACUGAUGACCUCCUGCAGGCCUUAGAAGCCCGUGCGGGAUGUCAUCUAGGCUCCCGGCCUUCUGGGUGUCCUCAUAUGUGCAGUCCAGCCGUGCCGGUACCGGUACCUCCGUGGUGGCGCGUCGGACGCUAUCCUCUAUGCCGUGUAGUUCCGUGGUUGGCGUUGGGAAGAAUCUCGAGGCCUGGAGUUCCGCCUUGUCCUUAUGGGUAGUGGCCCGUGUGCCAUCCUGUCUCCGGAGGUGCGGCAGCGCUGUGCCCUUGAUAGGCCGGUCGACUCUUGUUCUCGCCCAGUUCUCUAGCCUCCAUGCUAGCUUUGGGUCUGCUGCUGCUUCAGCUACGGGUGUCUCCCAUAGGCUGCACCGCGAUCGUAAAAUUGCCCUAUCGUGCCCCCUCUGUGCCUGUUGUAG